AAGGCGGUAAUGCAACAUAUUGGAUGCCAACCAAUGUUAAACUCAAAAGAAGAAGACUUGCCGAGUUGGAUGAUGGUUGGAUCAAGUCGGAGCUCCUUUUUUCCCCCGAGUUACCAGUCGUCUUGAACGCACUGAAGUCGGAGAUUUCCAAAUUGUUUUGAACGCGGCAUAAUUUGCAUACAAGUUCCAUAUCAAUGGGUGCAUGAGUAUUUAAAGCAAGUUAGACUUAUUUGAAAUUUCAAGUUUGUAAAAUGUGCUUAUAGUAAUAGUUAUCUACCGGAACGUUUGUACUGUCAGGAGCUAGCUAACGUUACCACAACUUGAUUGAGAAGAGAGUUUACGGAACCAUCUAACGCUAGCUAGUGACAGUGGACCUUCUGGUUCGCUAAAUCGAUAGCCACGUUAAUAUGGUUACAAGAAGAUGACUUCGACGGGUCCUUUUUGAGACUCACUGGACUGGAGACGUGUCACUGAUGGGCCAAUGAUUGACACGGUGUUGAAGUGAAUGCACCGGUAGUUUGCUAGCCAGCCAGCUAGCUGCUAGUUUGCUUGCCAGCUAGCUACUUCUAAGACGCCGGAGCUCGCCGGUGAGAUUGUUCGUCCGCUAAGCCUACCCAGGGAAGUGGUUUGUGCUCGUGACUAAGAUUAGCUGAAACUAGCGAGCCGGUUGUAAUUGUGUGAGGAGAAGCGCAGGCUGUCAAGAUGGGCUCGUUGUUCCGAAGUGAAGAGAUGUGUUUGACCCAGCUGUUUCUGCAGUCUGGAUCAGCAUACGACUGCAUCAGCGAACUGGGAGAAAUGGGUAUGGUGGAAUUCAGAGACCUCAACCCCAGUGUGAAUCUAUUCCAGCGGAAGUUUGUCACUGAGUUAAAAAGAUGUGAGGAGAUGGAGAGAAUUUUAGGGUACCUUCUAAGAGAAAUCAAGAGGGCAGACAUCCCACUUCCAGAGGGAGAAGUGAACCCGGUUGCACCCCUGCCCAAACAUGUCCUAGUUAUAAUGGAGCAGUUGCAGAGGUUGGAGGUGGAGCUGAGCGAGGUGACCAGGAAUAAGGAGAAGCUACAGAAGAACCUCCUGGAGCUGACAGAGUAUACACACAUGCUGCGCAUCACACGCAACUUUGUGCACCGCAGCGCAGAGUGUGAGCCCCCGCAGGUCCAGUAUGAGGAGUUCCCCUUCCUAGAAAAGGAUUCCAUGAUGGACUACAGCAGCAUGCAGCGACUAGGGGCCAAACUAGGGUUUAUAUCAGGGCUGAUUCAGAGAAGGAAAAUAGAGGCCUUUGAGCGCAUGCUGUGGAGAGUGUGUAAGGGCUACACCAUCCUUAGCUACUCUGAGAUUGACGAGUACUUGGAGGACCCUGACACGGGUGAGCCAACUAAGAGUGUGGUUUUCCUCAUCUCCUACUGGGGCGAGCAGAUCGGACAGAAAGUCAAGAAGAUCUGUGACUGUUACCACUGUCACGUGUAUCCAUACCCCAACAGCAAUGAGGAGAGGAAUGAUGUUGUGGAGGGACUCAGGACUCGCAUCCAGGACCUGCACACUGUACUCCACAGGACAGAGGACUACCUGAGACAAGUCUUGAACAAGGCCUCUGAGUCCGUCUACACCUGGGUCAUCCAGGUUAAGAAGAUGAAGGCCAUCUACCACAUCCUCAACCUGUGUAGCUUUGACGUCACCAACAAGUGUCUGAUAGCCGAGGUGUGGUGCCCUGUCAACGAUCUGCCCAUCCUGCGAAGGGCAUUAGAGGAAGGCUCGAGGAAAAGUGGAGCCACGGUGCCUUCUUUUGUCAACCGUAUUCCCAGCAAUGACACUCCACCAACCCUAAUAAGGACCAACAAGUUCACAUCAGGCUUCCAGAACAUAGUGGAGGCCUAUGGAGUGGGCAACUAUAGAGAGGUUAACCCAGCUCCUUACACAAUCAUCACCUUCCCCUUCCUGUUUGCUGUGAUGUUUGGAGACCUGGGCCAUGGUGUGAUCAUGGCUCUGUUUGCUCUCUGGAUGGUGCUGUAUGAGGACAAUCGCAAACUGAAACACACCAGGAAUGAGAUCUGGAACACAUUCUUUGAGGGCCGUUACAUCAUCCUCAUGAUGGGCUUGUUCUCGGUCUAUACCGGACUCAUCUACAACGACUGCUUCUCCAAGUCUCUUAACAUCUUUGGCUCGGGCUGGAGCGUCAAUGCCAUGUUUAAAUCUGGAAAUUGGACUUGGGAUUCCACACUCCGCACCAAUGCCUUUCUGACCCUUGAUCCCAAUGUCCCUGGGGUUUUCAAUGGACCCUACCCUUUGGGCAUUGACCCGAUUUGGAACUUGGCGUCAAAUCGUCUGACCUUUCUGAACUCCUACAAGAUGAAGAUGUCUGUGAUCGUUGGUAUCAGUCACAUGAGCUUCGGGGUCAUCCUAGGUAUCUUCAACCACCUGCAUUUUAGGAAAAAGUUCAACCUGUACUUGGUACUCCUCCCGGAACUGCUAUUCCUGCUGUGCCUAUUUGGCUACCUGGUCUUCAUGAUCAUCUACAAGUGGCUGGCCUUCUCUGCACGCGACUCCCAGAUGGCCCCCAGCAUCCUCAUCCACUUCAUCAACAUGUUCCUCAUGCAGGGGGACGGGGUGCCACCCCUCUUCCCAGGACAGGUUGGGCUGCAGGUGUUCCUGGUGGUCAUUGCUCUACUAUCGGUGCCUGUCUUACUGCUGGGGAAACCAGUCUACCUCUACUGGCUGCACAACGGAGGAGCCAACCGCAUUGGAAUGUACAGGGGUUAUGAGCGUGUGCGGCGGCACAGCGAGGAGGAGCUCUCCCUGAUGAGGGCAAAUGACAUGGAGGAGGGCAGUGUCCCCAGUGACCUCUCCACCAGCAGAGAGCAGCAAAAAGAGGAGUUUGACUUUGGGGACAUGUUCCUGCACCAGUCUAUUCACACCAUAGAGUACUGCCUGGGCUGCAUCUCCAACACAGCCUCCUACCUGCGCCUCUGGGCUCUGAGUCUGGCACAUGCCCAGCUGUCGGAGGUGCUGUGGUCCAUGGUGAUGCGGUUGGGCCUGCGGAUGGACACCAGCCUGGGAAUCAUGUUUCUGGUGCCAGUGUUUGGGAUAUUCGCUGUGCUCACUGUGUCUAUCCUCCUGGUUAUGGAGGGACUGUCUGCCUUCCUCCAUGCUCUCAGGCUGCACUGGGUGGAGUUCCAAAAUAAGUUCUACACUGGGACUGGAAUCAAGUUUGUUCCCUUUGCCUUCUCCCUCCUGCCCUCUAGCUUUGAGCAUGAUGGCUUGCUGUGAAUGGGACAAACAAUGCUUCUGCCCUCCCAGAGGCAAACUGCCACAAUGUGCCAGCAGGAUCCAAUGCUAUAUAGCUAGCCUGGGUACUAGUCGGUUUGUGCCAUCAUGCCACUCCUAAAUGACAAGGAGUGGCAUGAUGGCACAAACAUAUUGUUACCCAGGCUUCUAUUGAGCCUCAUAGACAUACAGUCCAAUUUCAUAUUGUGUUUUUCUAUUUGUUGCACUGACUGAUUGCCUUACGUAAGUACAACCAAAUCUCAGUGUAUCAUGCUCUAUUUUCAAUUGAAUGAUAUUCUGGGUUACCAAAACUUUGCAAGGAAAAGCCUCCUUCAGUCAUGUUUGUAAAUGAAAAGUAUUUUUGGAUGAAUGUGGGAGAGAUGUACAUUUUAUUUUAUAGAGUGAUAAAGUUUGAAUGAGAAAUUAACAUUUGAAUGACUAUGACAGGCUUAAAAAAAGUGGUGCAUCACUCUUGAAAGUAUGCAUACCGUGUUGUGCUGAAUGCUGACAAAAUUAUAUUAAAUUAAGAUAUGUUUC